CUAUAAAGUUUUCAUUUGAUUUGAAAUAUCGACAAUAUAUAGAAAUGAAGGCAUUUUUGUUUAAAGUUAGCAUUUUAUGGAUGUUAAGCAGCCUAUAUGUAAUUUUUAUUGCAAUAACAACAGCUUCCAAGUCACCGAGUUCUCCCAUUGUAUCUGGUAGACAGGCUGCACUAGGCCAAUUUCCCUGGCAUGUUCUUAUAAGAAGAAAUCGCCAUGAUCAAGUGUUGGGUGGUGGUUCUAUAAUUUCAAAUAAGUUUGUUUUAACAGCUGCUCAUGUACUUAAUAACUUGACAUCCGUUUACUUAAACUUCGGCAUCGUUAGUCGUCAACAUCGUGGAGUUUAUAUGACCUCUUCAAGAUUAAUUAUACAUCCCGAAUUCUAUUACAAUAAUCUUACUGAUGAUAUUGCGUUAAUUGAACUACCCGAACCAUAAAUUUUACCAACAAUAUACAACUAUUGAAUUGGUAACAUUAGCACAGGCUUCAAAUGGUUCGUUGGUGAUGAAGCUGUAAUUACAGUUUUGGUCAAGCAUUCAAUAUAGCCAAUCGAUUUUCCAUGCACUUAUUAUGGGCAUCUGUAAAAAUUAUCAGUAAUGCCGAUGUGCAGUUGCGUUCAUUCACCCAGUAUUGAGGAUACAGUUAUGUGUUCUGUGGGUUCUGAUGAUAGAGAUACGUCUCCUUGUGAUGGCGAUUCGGGUGGUCCCUUUAGUUUGGAAAAUUGAACACGAAAGUUUGUACAAAU